AUGGAUUCCAUUCCCUUAGAAAUCACUGUAAAAUCUGCAUGCAUUUUAAAAACUGUCAAUUUCUUCAACAGAAGGAGAAUUUACAUAGUUGUAUCACUCAUUGACAGCAAUUCAAUCUCUAAACAGAAAACAAACGUGGACUUCCAUAAUGGCUCGAAGCCAUGUUGGUGGUUUAAGAUGAAGUUUCACGUGGAGGAGUCGAAAAUGCAUGCAAACUCAUGCAUGCUUGUGUUCCAAGUAAGGUGUAGCAAGGCCUUGGGUGAUAAAGACAUCGGAUAUCUUUAUAUUCCGGUGAGAGAGCUUUUUGAAGGCGUUCGAGGUGGGGAGAAUGCGAGGGAUGUUGCCUAUACGGUGACUACAAGCUCCGGUAAGCCUAAAGGGAUCUUGUAUUUGAAGUAUCAAUUUGGAGAAAAUUUUAUGGGUAGGAGUGUUGAGAACGAGAUCAUUAGGGUUCCUCUGCCUCCGUCAGCUCCGCCUUUGGAAGGUUUUCGGGCUGGUAAUCCUUCAUUAGCUCCCUCAGCUCCUCCGUAUGAAGGAGAAUUAGAAGCCAUGUAG